AUGGAAUGGAUUCUAAUGAAUCCUGAGUACGCAGCCUCGACAGGGAAGCAGUAUAUUACCAUCGUCAAUCUGACCCCUCACCGAUUCAAACUCGACCACACACACUCAUACCAGAUGUCUGAAUUUAACUUUGACGACAUUCCACCAGGCCGUGCACGCCAAAACAUUGCGCAUUACACCGAGAAAGGCGGGACCAACCCAGUCGACGAUAACGGAGAGGCAUACUAUAAUAUUGAGGGCACAGAUAAGAAAUUCAUUAUUCGCGCGACGACUCACAUCCCGGAUCUUUACCCGCAACGAACCGUCGUUGACCUCAGCGGCAUGGACUUGGGACAGCGAGAGUACAUGGACCCCGAGCAAGAGACGCCCGUGACGCUGGUAAUUACUGGCAGCGAGAAAUAUGGCUUCAUCACGUCACUCACACACGGCCCCGGAAACUGGAUGAGACGCCCACACCUAUACGAUGUCAUCAAGGACAGACACAUUCAGCAUAUUAUCAUGCCAGGCACCCAUGAUUCUGGCAUGAGUACCAUUAGCGGUCAUCUCCUUUCAGGGGGCUCACCAACCAACACGCAGACGCAAGGCCUCAACAUAUACGACCAGCUCCGAGCGGGAGCGCGUUGGUUUGACUUGCGCAUCGCCAGUAUACAUCAGACCACACCUAAUGAGGGAGACUACGGUUUCUGGACGACGCACGUCAAUAAUGAGCUGGCCGAAGUGCCCAUUGGUAAUACAGGCGAGGGGCUUUCUGACAUCAUCCAGGAAAUCAACCAUUUCACUGCAGAGAACCCCGGGGAAGUCAUCUUCUUCCGCCUCAAAUAUCUUGUCGGCAUCCGUAAAGUACCCAGCCUGGGUCCCAUCCACUGGGGUCAGGAUAUUAUUGAUGACUUCUUCUCCCAGCUGAAGAAGGUCAAUAACCGUUGUGGGAACUUGAACGUCGACGUGAGCUUUGAAAAACGAACGGCCUCUUUCUUCAUGGACCAGAACAAUGGCAAUGGCUGUGUUAUCUUCCUCCUUGAUGGAGAUUUGAAACGUAACAUUGAGCGUACGGAUGAUGGUAUCUAUAGUGCCUCACGUAUGGCCUUCUGGGACUAUUGGUCGGAAAAGCAAGAAACCGAAUCGAUGGCCAAUGCCGAAAUAGCUGCCUGGAAAUCUGUCAGUCGGACUGGAGAUGCAAGUGAUGAGAAGGAUCAAUUCCUCAUUGGUCAGUGGCUUGUGUCCGCUGCGCCCUUGAGUAUCGCAAUCUUCCCGACAAACCCGGCCUUGUAUUGGGCUGGCGUCAACAGUAUGAGCCCCGAGAACUGGCCGAAUGUGUUGAUGGUUGACUACAUUGGCGUCAUUCUCAAGGACCAGUUCAACUGGGCUUCUCUCGGCGCAGAGCUCUACACCUUGGCCAUUGGUCUCAAUUUGUACAUGAUCAGUGAAAAUUGUGGUAUUAGCAAGCACAGAUCACCACUCCUCCCACACCCAUCAUCGUCCCGAAUGGCCAACAUAAACAGCUUGACCAGGUUGACAAGUAUGACGAAGCCCUGGAAUGGCAUCAUCUUUGCGAAUGGAACCGUCCUCGAGAAUCCACCGCCGAGCUUGCAUCCCGGAAGAGUCGAGAUCCUGAAGAAAGGAACUGUUUUUAAUAACGGCACUGUUCUCGAGGCGAGCAUACCGAACCCAGACACUUAA